AUGGCUUCACAGGAACCUGAAAGAGAUCGCUUUGCAAAUCCAACUGCUAUACAGGAACCUGACAAAGAGCUGUUCGCAACUCCGUCUGCAGCGCAAGAAUUCCACCACUCUUUCGCUACCCCAAAGCGCAAGCUAUCCAGAAAGGAUGUGAACCGCGAUUGGCCAAUCGAGCCUAAAUCUCCUCCAGAUACCAGCCCAAAGCAAGCUCUCCGAGUAGAGCUACCCAACAUCUCCCCAUACUCACAGUCGACCGAGAGUUUUCUCGAAAUGGAUUCAAGCAUGCUGCGUGACGAUCCGCCGAACAGCGUUGUAGAUGAGACGGAGACAUUUCUUUGGGACUCGCCGCUACCUUCAUCAUCUAUGAUCGACGAAGACGACAAAGGGCCGCAGGACCAAGCGCAAAAUCAUGAAUCGCAUGUUGUACCUUCUUCCGUGGAGGACGAGCGCUCGAGUUCGUCAGCUCUAGUUGAUUUGAUCGACUUGACCGAGCACGAUGACAUCAACACCGAUCUACUGUCGCACACAAAUGAAAAUUCCAUCUACCAUACAACGUCGUCUGAUGAUGAGUGCCCAGCACACAUGUCCGAGGGUUACAUCGAAGCAGGUUCUCCUCCAAGUACCCCAACACUCGGAUCUCGCAUUCUAGCACGCAGUCCAAGCAGCCGCCUAGAGACAGCUUUUCAUCUACAAAUACCAAGUGAGGAGUUCCUGAGCCCAUUCGACCAUGCAGUAAAAAGCGACAAUUCAAACACUUCCCUCAGCAGCCCUGCCAUCCUCGCUCCUACCCCAGCGUCUGCACAUGAGCAGAAACACUCGCCAUUUCCUACACAGCCUCAUACUGCCAGCUUCGACUGUGAGACUGUCCGCUUAGGAAAAUUCAAGAAUACAUCGUCGUCUAUUUUGACGAAGGACAUAGUUGAAUCAGAGGAACAUCAGUUGAAGAGAAAGAUCAGUCAGGUUGACAAACCUAUCGAGCAUUCGCCCGUGAAGAUGCUGCGCAAGGACUCAGACAUGAGUGAACUUCAUCUUGAUAUUGACCUUGCACUUUCACCUCCCUCUCGCAUGUCUAAGAUUGUCAAAUGGCUUACCAAAUUUAUUUUCACUAUGACCGGAACUCUUCUUGUCAGUUUCUCAGGCUGGCUCAUCGAUCAAGUCAGGUUGAGCGAUAAUAGGCCAAACGUUUAUGGAUACGUCAUCUUGAGCUCCAUAUUCUUCCUGGGGUACAAGCUUAUACUUUACGGUAGGCCGUCUGAUGAGGUGGGCGCACCCACGGGUGGUGAUACGUUCGAGGGACUGGCGCGACAGGUUGACAAAGAGUUGGAAGACAAACUUCAAGACAGUGCGAAGACCCAGAUGAGCAAUGAAUAUGUUAAGAUCAAUGCGAAGGAAGCGCAAGGACGAGUCGGAAAGCAAGUAGUCAAGUCUAAAGAGAAGCACAAUGGACCGAAGAAGCCUACAGCAUCCGAGCCGAAGCGUUCCACGAAAGGUGGCCUGCCUAAAGACUCUCUAGAUUCAGGUCACAAGUGUAGCGCUGCAUUGUCCGACAGGGGUACGCGUAGCAAAGAUCAGACUUGCAAAAGCCAACCUACAGGAGUCAAACCUGCGAAGAAGAACGUUACCCGAACGAUCGAGGACGAGGAGGAAAACCUUGAUGAUCAGCUCGAAUGGGCGUAUAACAUGCGAAAGGAAAAAAACGCCCUUAGGGCACGAGCGGCUGUUAAGGAUUAG